CAGAAAAUGGACAACUUGACCACCGAUGGAAACACGACAGUUCAGAGGCUUUCAGAUUCGGCGUAUAUGGCAACUGGAAUUUAUCUUAUUUUCGUUGCAAUCUUAGCCACACUGGGCAACAUCCUGGUGCUAUCUGUCAUCCUCGGAGAUCCAAAACUACGAGCUAAACCACACAAUGUGUUGAUUAUCAACCUGGCAAUAGCAGAUAUAGGCAUCUCCUUCUCCGGAUACCCUCUAACCACCAUCUCGGGCUUCUACGGACAGUGGAUAUUUUCUGAUGUAGCCUGCACCAUAACUGGGUUUAUAAGUUUCUUGUUGUCUUUGGGAAGUAUGAAUACCUUGAUGUGUAUAAGCAUCUAUAGAUAUAUCAUGAUUUGCCGACCUGAAAAUCGAAAAUAUCUGAAUGACCGCAAUACAAAACGCGUUUUAAUAUGCAUUUGGACUCAUGCCUUAACAUGGACUGGUCUCCCCUUGUUAGGCUGGGGUGGAUACGCCUUGGAACCGUUUGGAACCUCAUGCAGUUUAGAUUGGGCCAACGGUGAAUACCGGAACGUCACAUAUCUAGUGUGCACCAUCAUUGUCUGUUAUAUUAUACACGUGAUUGUGAUUGGCUACUGCUAUAAACACGUGAUCCAGACGACCCAGAAAUUAAAAUGUUGGAAUGUUCAGAGACAGCACACGCUCACUACAAUGAAUGACAUGCUCUGGAUCCAUAAAGUUAUGUGUAUUAUAUUGGUAAUGUCAUUUCUAAUUAUAUGGACACCCUAUGCCGUAGUGUGUGUUAUUUACAUAAUCAUACCGGAUCUCCCGAUCGAGGUGACGACCAUACCCACGAUGUUUUGUAAAGCGGGAUGCAUGGUGAAUCCUAUUAUAUAUUUCUGUACCAAUAAUCAGUUCCGCGAAGCCUGCAAACACAUUUAUUGUGGAUGUUUGUACAAAAAAGUUUCAUCUGGCGUUGUACCGUAA